AGUUGUUUCGGCUCAGCUGACGGCAACCUGGCACCCGAGAAACAACGGACUCGCCAUGCCGGAAUUCGCCAACCUGCCAUCGGUCAGCUGGAACGCAAACACGGCCCUGUCGCCAAACAAGGAGGCUGAGGGGUACUUGGCUGAGCCCAUGAAAGUCUUCCCCUCAUCCCUUUCACCGAAGUCCUCGCCAGGCUUGCUGCCGGCACCGAUUUUUCUUCCCACAACCCUGAAGCCCUCCGGUUCCGCCAAAUCCCUCCGCUUCGAGAACAACAUCCCCGAUGAGCCGGCGAGCCCCACAAGCCCGUCCUCGGUUGUGAGCCGCACUGGCAAGCUGGUGCACUUCCCGCCAGGCUUGAACCCGCCGCAAGACACCCCCAGCCACGGGUCCACGCUGCACAUGGAGGGCAGCUGCAAGCCGUGCGCCUGGUACUGGAAGCCCGGGUCCUGCCAGAAUGGCAAGGACUGCCUUCACUGCCACCUGUGCCCCAAAGACGAGCUGAAGAGUCGCAAAAAAGCAAAGUCUGCCUUCAUGCGGCUUGGCCUGACAACCCCCAAGCCUACUGCAGAGGAGCGCGAAGAGCAGCGCCUGGCGUUGAGCAAAUUCUGCAUGUCGGACCAGGCCGAAGCAGAAGGUUCCGAACAAGGCUCUACAGAGGCCGCCAGCUCGGAGCAAGAUGACCCUGCCACCCCAAGGAUGCCACCAGGCAUCUUCUUGACUUUGCCGCUGCAGGCAUCAACGCACAAGCCCGCCAGCGAAGGCAGCAAAUUGCAUGGCACCGGCGAGUGCCGGCCCUGCGCGUGGUUCUGGAAGCCCUCGGGAUGCCUGAACGGCGCGGAGUGCCGGCACUGCCAUGAGUGCCCGCCCGGAGAGGUGAAGUCCAGGAAGAAGAACAAGCAGGUGAUGCUGCGCCUGGGCUUGGCGACGCCCAAGGCCAACCUUGAUGGCCAGGACUUCAUGAUGAGUGCGGUGGAGUGAGGGAAUCGAUGAGGAGGUGGAAGCCUCAGGCAGACGCCAAGGCCACGAGCGGAAUUGCAUGACUGGCGUUUGUUCCAGGGCGAUGAGAAGGCUGACAUCCGGAGCCUUAUUUGCCAGCUCGGCUUUCUCGAGCCCGAACAGGAGUCUCCUCGCACAAGUCGUGUCUAUUUUUCGAAGGAUUGCUUAUUGGCUCUGGUUCUUUUGCGCAUGCUCUGCGUUGACUCUGCUGGUGACGAUGCGUAAAAACGCGGGAUGGCCGCCUUGCACACGUCGAGCGGUCCACCAGCUCAGUUCAGCUCAGUUCAGCGUGCGCGGGGAUGGGACUACAUGUUCCCCCGAUCCCCGGGCAAGCUGGCUGUUCUUGCAGGCCCACGGGACAACCGGUGCA